AUGGGCGAGUUUUACACAGGGAACCAGGCGCUCACAAUAUGCUUCAUCUUUGCCGUCCUCGACGUGGCUGUAAACUGGUUUGGCCUUAUGUGGAACGGGUCCCACUUCACAAUCGACAACAUCUACCACUGGUUUGACCUCAAGGACUACAAGUUUACCGUGAAUCCCGUCGAUUUUUUGGCGGUCGCAUUUCUGCGUGACUGCAUCCUGCUCGGUGGGGCGAUCGGCGUGUGGACGGCACCCGGCGGGGGCAGCCAGGCCGCGUCAAAGUGCAGCAAUGUGGUAUUCGCGAUGAUGCUGCUCAUCCUCGCCUUUUCGCCCUCAAAGCUGCUGGCGUUUUACGAGGACGACAAUCUAAAGCUGGCUGUCGGCGAUUGGGUGCUGAUGAUUUGGUGCGUGCUGGCGUCGCUUUUUGUGCAGGUGAUUUGGACGAGCGUUCUGUGCCGCGUGAAGGAGACGUUCCCCGGCGACAGCGAGGACAACGAGCCGCUGUUGGCGCAGGCCGAGUUUGAGGCCACUGUUCGAGAGGAAGAAACAGCAAAAGCCGCCGAGCAGCGCGAGACCUGGGCGAUUCUGAUGCGGUUGAUGCAGUACACGAUGCGCGAAUGGCAGUGCUAUCUAGCCGCGUUCACCUUCUUGUCGCUGUACUCGUUGUCGCGCGUGUUCAUCCCCUACUACACGGGGGAAGUUGUUUCCGCCGUCUUCGGCGAGCAGGCCAGCUACGAGCGCCUUCACCGCACCGUCCUUAUCAUGGCCAUCCUCUCGUUUUUGGGAGCCGUUUUUGGCGGUUUCCGAGGUGGCGCCUUCACCUAUGCGCAGGCUAGAAUAGAUAGACAGAUUAGAAACGACCUGUUCCGCUCGAUCAUCAACCAGGAAAUCGGCUUUUUCGACGAGAACAAAACGGGAGAAAUCGUUUCCCGACUAACUGCCGAUUGCCAGACGAUGACCAACACGCUGUCGCUGUACAUCAAUGUGCUUUCACGAAACUGCUUCAUGCUGUUCGGUUCGAUCAUCUUCAUGUUUACGCUGUCUUGGCGGCUAUCGAUGAUCACACUGAUUGCGAUCCCGAUCAUCUUCUUGCUGUCGAAGGUCUUCGGCGUGUACUACGACAAACUCUCCGAGGACUCGAUGAACGCCACCGCCAAGGCGAACGACGUCGCCGAGGAGGUGCUGUCGGCGAUCAGGACCGUCAAGAGCUUCGCCUGCGAGAAGUUCGAGGCGUUACGCUUCCUCGGCUUCCUCGACAUCACCCUUCUAAUUGGCACGAAAAAGGCCUUUGCCGUGAUUGGCUUCAUCUGGAGCUCAGAGCUGCUCCAAAUGGGCAUCCUGACGGUCGUCCUGUGGUACGGUGGCCAUUUGGUCAUUCAGAAGAAGGUGGAAUCCGGGCUUCUCGUCUCCUUCCUGCUCUACCAAUUCCAGCUGGGCGAGAAUUUGAGGGAGCUCGGCGAGGUGUGGAACGGGUUGAUGCAGGCCGUUGGAGCGUCUCGGAAAGUGUUCGAGUUCAUCGACCGCCAGCCCGUCAUCACCAACAACUACAACGGCGGUGUUGCCCCGGCAAACGUCAAGGGGCGCAUCGAGUUCAAGAACGUCGCCUUCAGCUACCCGAUUCGACCGGAUCUGCCGAUUAUGCAGGACCUGACAUUCACGGCUGAACCUGGCGAGGUCGUCGCCCUAGUCGGCCCGUCCGGCGGCGGCAAAUCGUCGUGCAUCGCCAUGCUCGAGCACUUUUACGAGCCGAACUCGGGCGAGGUGCUGCUCGACGGGAUCCCGAUCCGAGAGUACGAUCACAAGUAUUUGCACACAAAGGUGGCCCUCGUCGGGCAGGAGCCGAUCCUUUACGCGCGAUCCGUCUAUGAGAAUAUUGGCUACGGCAUGGACCACUUCACCGAGGAGGGCGUGCAGAACAGCGCCAAGCUCGCCAACGCCCACCAGUUCAUCAUGGACACGCAUGACGGGUACAACACCGACGUCGGCGAGAAGGGCAGCCAGAUGAGCGGCGGCCAAAAGCAGCGUAUCGCCAUCGCGCGAGCCAUCGUUCGCGACCCGGUCGUCUUGCUUUUAGACGAGGCCACGUCCGCGCUUGAUUCGGAAUCCGAGCACCUGGUACAAGAAGCCAUUUCGAAAAAUCUCAAGGGGCGAACGGUCAUCCUAAUCGCCCAUCGCCUGAGUACUGUGGAAAAUGCGGACAAGAUUGUGGUCAUCAACCACGGGCGCGUCGAGCAGAUGGGCACCCACCAGGAGCUGAUCAAACAGGACGGCCUCUACAAGCAGCUCGUGCAGCGCCAGAUGAUGGCGAACGAAGAGUUGCCCGACGAGACGCCGCUCCCACCCCAGACAACCACCAAGAGCCGGCGCAUCAGAAGGGACUCGGCGUCGGGCGCGGGCGGCAGCUCCUUCCUCGGCACCUCAUUCGCCGGAUCCUACAUU